GACAGGCUGUGGUUUAUCUUAGUUUUACAAUUAUUUUCCUCAACCCCCGGACUGGUCUGCUUCGCAAGCGUUCCCGGUAGUCUCGCGAUGUUGCAUCUCUGGGUUUAGAAACUCUGACCCCAUCGAAGAAGAAGUACCUAUUUUCCCACAAUGCAAGCGUCAUGUAAACAAAGGACAACGACAGGAAGGGAGACUGAAAAGUUCUAGCUAGUUGAUUGAGUACCUAGUUACAAGUGCAACUUGCUACAGCAUUUCUGCAAUGGAUAUACCAACAAUAUAAAUAUAUUUAAGUAGAUAACUAACCAGUUUGACAUAGUUUGUAUUGUUUUUCGUUUCUCGUGUGGGGUCUCUACAUCCAGUUAGCUUGCUACAGUAACGUUAGUUAACUUGCGUGCCUAGCAGCUAACAGUAGCUAUAGUACUUUGUCUCAAAAUGCAUUGGUCUUGGCAGUUUCACAGGGAAACAGUUUUUAAAAGAGGAUGACGGGUAAUAUCAAAAGUGAAUCGAAUUAAAGAAGGGAUGACAGCUUUUGGAGGACAACCUAUGUGGCCAUCCAUACAUCCAUGAGCCUCCCCACGUCUGAGGGACUUCCACAAUGAAGAAAAUUUGUCUGAAAACGAUACGAAAAUCAUUCAACCUAAAAAGCAGAGAGGAGGGAAAGGAUAUUGUACCACAGCCAAAAUCAGCUACCGACAUCUCAACAGAUUCAGUGUUUGGAAAAUGUUACAACAAAGAACUUGUUCGUAACGACUUUGGUCAUGAGGAGGAGAAAGGCCCUAAGAACCGCUCCAAGGGUGAGAGUCUUAUGGGAUCACUGAAAAGAAGGCUUUCGGCGAAGCAGAAAAAUAAAAUAAAGGAAAGUUCCACAUCAGUGACCAGUGAAGAUGACACAUUCUCGUGCUCCUCGGCACCCAUAUUCUUUAAUGAUGUCAAAUCACAACACCAUCUAAGAUCUAAUAGUCACCAUUAUAGCCCCACGCCAUGGGCCCUCAGGGCAGCAAAUUCUGAGGAAGCAUGCAUUAGGAGGGAUGGGAAAGUGAAAGCUAUGAUACACUCAUCAGACCCAAGCCCAUCUCUGAAUGGCAUUCUGAAAGAAUUCCCAGACCCCCAGAGGGAUAGGCCUUUUCAGGAUUCAGCUGAAAACACUGAGCCUCAGAAUGGUGAUUUGCAUCUAGGUAUUGACCAUGAAAAUGUACCUGCCAUCAUUGGAAUAGCAUCUCAGGACUAUAUUCACUAUGCAAUGCCUUUAGAUGAUGAACUUGACCCUGCAGAAGGUUUGGAUAGUCCCUUUCCAAUGGAUGAGGUGCCUCAGCCUGAGCGAUUCCCUCCUUUUGCAGAUGAAGAGCCCAUUGACCAGGAGAAGCUGAUGUCACCAGAUAUAUUCAUGGACCCAUCGGUGAAUCGACUGCUCUCAGAUGCUGAAUGUGCCUUGAUUCAAGACUCUAGAAUAGAGCCUCCUCUCUCCCCCUUGCUAUCUCUGCCACCUGGUAGUCACAUCCGAAGGAGUUUCCUAGUAUAUGGUGGUUCUUCUCACUCACAUGGUGCAGAGAGAGUUUUUCAUCAUCUCAACUUUGACCCCAAUUCAGCCCCGGGCGUUGGCAGGGUUUAUGAUGCUGUUCAGCACAGCGGGCCCAUGAUUGUAACCAGCCUUACAGUAGAGCUAAAGAAACUGGCCAAGCAGGGUUGGUACUGGGGUCCUAUAACGCGUUGGGAAGCUGAGGAAAAACUUGCCAGCCUGCCAGAUGGGUCAUUCUUGGUGCGAGACAGCUCAGACGAUCGUUAUCUUUUGAGCUUGAGCUUUCGUUCACAGGGUAAGACCCUCCACACCAGGAUUGAACACUCCAAUGGCAGUUUCAGUUUCUACGAACAGCCAGAUGUGGAGGGUCACAUAUCAAUAGUGGAACUCAUAGAAUGUUCAAUCAUAGAUUCUGAGAGUGGAGCCUUCUGCUAUUCACGAUCUCGCACACCAGGGACUGCAAUGUAUCCUGUCAGACUGACAAACCCUAUCUCAAGGUUUAUGCAGGUGCGCUCCAUGCAGUACCUCUGUCGGUUUGUCAUCCGUCAGUACACACGGAUCGACCUUAUCCAGAAGUUGCCUUUGCCAAACAAGAUGAAAGAUUACUUGCAGGAAAAGCACUACUGAAGGGGUUAAAUGAAACUCAGUUGGACUUUCUUGCACAUUUUUGAUCAGUGAUAUAUUGACUUAGUCCUCAUUUAAAACAUUUUUUACCCUUUUACUUGGCUGUUACAAAUACUUUUUGUGAAUUUGAUUUCAGUACAUGUAACACAGUACAAUGUCUCCCUAUCUAGUGAUCUGUUCAACAGCCAAUGCCAGCAACUGACAUAUAUAUAUAUAUUGAGCAUACAGUUAUACUCCCAACCUCAAAGCAAAGGAUUGAAGCUGAACCUUAAUCAAAUCUACUUUAAAAAAAUGUGCAUUGGAUUAUUUAUUUUAAUUGUGUUUUGAUGGACCAAGUGUUUUGUUAUAUAAAGCACAAAUACUUCUAAUCAUUACUACACUCAACAUUUCUGCAUUGUCCUAUGUGGUUUGUUGUCUUACAUUAAACCAGUUUGUUUGUACUGUAGCUACUAGCUAGUAUGAUUUUGAUACCUGAAAGUUCUCUGCUCAGUCUUUAGUAAAGUUGUUUUUCUUUAGCCUCAGUGAUGGUUUCUCAUUGCAUGUUAAUUAUAUUGAGUAUAUGGAGAAAGAAAAUGUAAGUACAACACAUCUGAUGCUGUAAUUUGGGAGAACUAAUCGUCAUCGACUGUGUAUAACCAUAUAUCGAGAUAAUGGCUUAUUUGUGCAGCCUAAACUUGACUGUUUGCCUGUCACUGUAAGUAUAAGGAAAAAAUGCUUCACCUUGUUACUUUUCAGGUCAUGAAAUGCUACCUAUGGUAGAAUACUUGUUUUGGUAUGUCUCACCCCCCCUCCCCCUUUUGAAAGGCUGUACUCUGAUUUAUUGCACAUCUUCAAUGCAGUUAAAGGAGGGGUGUUUAUGACUGUUAAUAAACUGCAUUCACAGAUAACA